GUUGACUUUGUUAAGAAGGUCAAUUCCAAAGCCGAAAUUGAAAACCCAUAAGCAAAACCCCAGUUUAACAUUAUUGCUUUCUUUUUGUACCUUCAGCCAUGUAAAAGAAAAAAAGUAACAAAUAAAAGCAAAAUCCUGAAACUGUGUGGCCUCUGCAUAGUAAUAACGGAGGAAUCCUUGGACUGGGAGGUUAAUUUCACUGUUCUUUCUUCCGGGCAUACCAAACAAACAAUCCCCAAAGUCCAAGCCAUGAGCCAAGAACAGAAACAACCUUCUGCUGCUCGUACUUCUCAGCCAGAUCAUCCUUCUCCUCCUCCUCCAUUCGAUCCCUGUCGAAUGAUUGGCAUCAUUAAGAGGAAGGGGUUAAUAAAAGAGUUAGCUGCUGCAUACCACGCAGAAUGCCUUGCAUACUGUCAAGAACUUUUGGAGCUUCAGAAAAAGUGGGAUGAGCCAUUUAUCGAUGUUAAAAGUCCUGAUGAUUUGAGGAAAGAGAAAAUGAGGCCUCCAAAACGUCUAAAGAAGUCUCGCUAAGAAUAUGAUGAUGUGAUGGAUCUGGGAUUUCAUCUCUUUCCUGCAUCCACAUUAGAAGCAUCUCUCUAGAUGCCUAAACGACCAAGCAGAGGCAAAAAAACAACAGGGAUCUAUCUGGAUAUGCAUCUAUGUUCUGUAUUAUAUGUAACAUUAUGACAGGUUGCUUCAUUGUUUAUCAGAUACACAAUCACAUUUAUGGUGCUGACACUUUGUAUCAUAGUCAAGCUAAAUAGUGUUCUUAACUUGUGCUACCUUGUCAUUGAGCAUCAAAAUAGUAGUUGGGAGUCCGGAGUUUAUUC